AUGAAUGCCCCUACAAAGAAGCGUGGGGUUAGGAAAGUGAUUCUGGAUAAUAAUGCAAAAUUAGCUAUUCUUCUUGAGAGGACCACUUUGGGGUCCUCUCUCAGUUAUUUGUGCACUGCUGUCUAUGCUUCUAAUUCGGUGGAGGAGAGGAGGGAGCUUUGGAGGGAUGUUACUAGUUUUGGUUCUAAUAUUUCAGGUCCUUGGAUUCCUCUAGGGGACUUUAAUAUUGUUCGACAACAAAGUAAGAAGCUUGGAGGAGAACCUAUCCGUCAAGAGGCUGUUGAUGAUUUUAAUACUUUUAUUUUUGACACGGGCCUUAUUAACUUAAAGUGGAAGGGGGAAUUAUUUACUUGGAAUAAUAGGCAAGGGGGCAGCUCUCGAGUUUGUUGCAAGUUGGAUACGGCCAUGGUUAACUUGCUUUGGUUGGAUGUUCUCAAGUCUUCAGAAGCUACUUUUCUGCUCCCAGGGCUUUCGGAUCACUCUCCAGGUGUGAUUUCAAUUCUUGAUGGGGUUAAUUUUGGUCCUAAACCUUUCCGGUUCUUUGAGGCUUGGAUUGGUAGGGAGGGGUUUGAUGAAGUGGUAGCUAGAGGGUGGGACAGCCCGGUGAAUAUGAAGCUUAAUCCUAUACUUAGGUUUGCUGCCUGGCUCAAAAAUGUCAAGACAGAGCUGAAGAAAUGGAAUAAAGAUAGUAUUGGGGAUGUUUUUCUUGCAGUGAAGGAGGCUUCUUCGGAUUUAGCUCAGAUCCAAAUCAGCCUUGCUGCCCAUCCCAAUGACCUCAAUUUGGUUUCUUUAGAAACAGCAACCAAGAAGAAGUUGUGGGCAGCCCUUAGUACUGAAGAAAAGUUUCUUAAAGAGAAGUCUAGAGUCAAGAACAUUCAAUUGGGGGAUGGUAAUAAUAGCUUUUUUCAUAAGUCUAUGGUGUGCAGGCAAAACAGGAAUCACAUUUUGGAGGUGUACAAUGCAGAAAAUGAGGUUAUCAAGGAGCCGAAUCUGAUUAAAGAGGAGGCAAUUUCUUUUUACAUGAAUCUGUUUGGUGCUAAUGUUGAAGAUGUUAGGUUCUUCCCAGAGACUGUCCCAUUGCAACAUGGUCUGCACCUUGCGCAGCAGAACAGUCUUAUUGGGCAGGUUUCUAACAAGGAGAUUAGAGAGGUGGUUUUUUCCAUGAAGAACUCAAAAGCUUCAGGACCGGAUGGAUUUGGGGCAGCCUUUUUUAAGCAUGCUUGGGAGGUUGUUGGGGAGGAUCUCACUUUGGCCGUUAAGUGGUUACAAGGAGUUGUGGGGAAGGUGGUUAGUGACAACCAGUCUGCGUUUAUCAAAGGCCGCUCCAUUGUGGAUAAUAUUCUAGUUUGUCAUGAUGUGGUUAGGGGUAUAGAGCAGCAGGAGACUCCCCCUAUGGCGGUGCUGAAACUUGACUUACAUAAAGCUUAUGAUUCUCUGAGUAGGAAGUUUCUUUUUGAGAUCAUGGAAAGGAUGGGUUUUCCAAGCAAGUUUAUUCGGUGGGUGAAGGCUUGUGUUGAUACUCCUAGUUUCUCGAUCCUUCUCAAUGGGAAACCAACAGGUUAUUUUAGGGGCAAGAGGGGGAUAAGACAGGGGGACCCACUUUCCCCUUAUUUAUUCACAAUUGCUGUGGAAGGGUUUUCGGCCUUAAUGCGGAAGUUGGAAGUUGAGGGACAGAUCAGCCUGCUUCCAAGGUGCAAAAGCUCCCAACUUACACACCUGAUCUUUGCAGAUGAUUUGAUGAUUUUUGUGAAGGCUGUCCCUGACUCUAUUUUGGCUUGUUUGGGGGCUCUGUCUGAUUUUCAUACUUACUCUGGGUUGAGACUCAACAGAGCUAAGUCCUCUAUUAUUUUAGGGGGCCUUACCCAAACGGCCAGGCUACAACUAUUGGAAUUAACGAAUUUUGUGGACACUAAGCUGCCCAUUCGGUACCUUGGUGUUCCACUUGUACCUCGUAAACUUUCUAUGGCAGAUUGCUCCUCUAUCUUGGAUCUAGUGAGGCGAAGACUUGAAGGCUGGAAAGCUCGUUUCUUAUCCUUUGCUGGAAGGUUGCAGCUUCUUACCUCUGUUCUUCAGGGCUGCUAUAUAUAUUGGUCGGGCAUCUUUGCAUUACCAGGUGGUGUCAAGCAAAAGCUGGAAUCCAUGUUCUCGAAUUUCCUUUGGACGGGCCCCUCCUUGGAACAAAAGGUACAUUAUGUUUCUUGGGAUAGAAUUUGCGAACCUAAGGAUGAGGGUGGCUUAGGUAUCCGCAGAAUUGCAGAAAUGAAUAUUGCGGGUAUCCUUAAGCAAAUCUGGUGGAUUUCUUCCAAAAAGGACAGCCUAUGGGUUAGGAUGGAUUUGGUUCCCAAGUUGGUUUUUUGUGCUACUGUCCAUUACAUUUGGUGGGAGAGAAACCAAAGGCUGUUUGAGAACAAGGUUAGAACCCAUGAUCAGAUUAUAGAGGCAAUUCGUCUUGAUGUGGCCAUUAAGUGUGCUGCCUUUCCCAUUUCUGCUGUCCACAGCCCAAGGAACCAGUUCUUGGCUGAUAAUUGGGGGAUUAGGGUGGAUUGGAAGGUGAUUACUCAAAAAACUUGUGCUUGGUUUAGACCUCCUACUCACAUGGCAGUCCUUCACUGUGAUGGGUCCUUAACAGCUGAUAGAGCUUCCUAUGGUGGAAUCAUUCGUGAGGAUGCAGGUGUUGCCAUAAUGGCGUAUGCGGGGAAGGGAGAUAUUAAUUCUGUUCUAGGCAUGGAGCUUUUUGCAAUUUUAAAGGGGGUCACUUUUUGUAUUCAAAGAAACCUACUUCGGGUUUCCAUCAGAUCCGAUUCCAAAUUGGCAGUAGAUAUUCUUAAUGGGGCUGUGGACUGCCUGUGGAGCAUGCAAAUCUUGAGGGACCAUAUUGCUACGCUACUACAGCAAUUACAGCGUAAGGAGAUCAAACAUGUUUGGAGAGAGCUCAACCAGCCAGCAGACUUUAUUGUAGCCAUGGAUACAGGGGAUGGGGAAGCAAUUUUUUAUCCACCUGAUUUCCCACAGGACUUGGUGGAGUUGGUUGAGAAUGAUUCAGAUUGUAAAGUAGCCAUGGUUCCCCAUGGACAUUCUCGUUCCUGGGGAAGGAACUUAUCAGUCAGUUCAGGACUUCUGAGGAAAUCUAAAAGUCAUGAACCGAUAUGGGUUAUAGUUGACAGACUGACCAAGUCAACUCACUUUCUGUCAGUUCGGAUGACUUAUGGCAUGGACAAGUUUGUCCUACUUUACAUUGGUGUGAUUGUCAUAUCGCACGACGUACCAGUCUCCAUCGUGUUCGAUUGGGAUCCCCGAUUUACUUUCAGAUUUUGUCAUGAGUCUGCAGAAAGCUAUGGGCACAAAACUGAGUUUCAGUACAACUUAUCACCCUCAGACAGUUACCAGGCUAAAUUUGGUAUGGCGCCAUCUGAGGCACUCUAUGGCAGGAAAUGCAAGUCACCCUUGUACUGGGAUGAAGUAGGUGAACAGAGCAUACUGGAACCAGAAAUAAUUCAGAAAACCAGUGAGAAGAUAGCCCUGAUUCGUGAACGGAUUCGAGUUGCACAGAGUAGACAGAAGAGCUAUGCAGACAACAAGAGGAAGGACCUUGAAUUUGAGAAAGGUGACAUGGUGUUUCUUCGUGUGGUACCCAUGAAAGGUGUGAUGAGGUUUGGAAAGAAGGAAAGUUAA